CCCAACAACAUGCAUCCUGCCAGUUUAGUCAGCUCCUGCUGCCUCCUCCUGCUGCUGGGGGCCAUGCCUGGAUGGGCAACCAAGGAUGACCCUAUUGAGAGGGUCAUUGAAGGGAUCAACCGAGGGCUGAGCAAUGCAGAGAGAGAAGUGGGCAAGGCCCUGGAAGGCAUCAAUAAUGGAAUCACUCAAGCUGGAAGGGAAGUGGAGAAAGUUUUCAAUGGACUUAGCAACAUGGGGAGCCAGGCCGGCAAGGAGGUGGAAAAGGGCAUCAACCACGGCUUGGACAAGGUAGCCCAUGGGACCAACAGUGGCAUCGGACACACAGGAAAGGAAGCGGAGAAACUUGUCCAUGGGGUCAACCACGCGUCUGGACAGGUUGGGAAGGAGGCAGACAAAAUAAUCCAUCAUGGGGUCCAUUCUGGGGUCAACCACGCGGGAAGUGAAGCAGGGAGGUUUGGUCAGGGAGCCCACCAUGUUGCAGGGCAGUCUGGGAAGGAAGCUGGGAGGUUUGGCCAAGGGGGCCACCAUGUUUUUGGUCAGGCUGGGAAGGAGGGAGAGAAAUUUGGUCAAGGGGUCCACCAUGCUUUUGAUCAAACUGGAAAGGAGGCACAUAAGUUAGGUCAAGGGGGCCACCAUGUUUUUGGUCAGGCUGGGAAGGAGGGAGAGAAAUUUGGUCAAGGGGUCCACUAUGUCGCAGGUCAGGCUGGGAAUGAGGCAGAGAGCUUUGGUCAAGGAGCCCACCAUGCUGUGGGUCAGGCUGAAAAUGAGGCAGAGAAGUUUGUUCAAGGAGCCCACCAUGCUUUUGGUCAGGCUGGGAAGGAGGCAGAGAAGUUUAGUCAAGGAGCCCACUAUGCUGCAGGUCAGGCUGGGAAGGAGGCAGAGAAGUUUGGUCAAGGGGUCCACUAUGCUGCGGGUCAGGCUGGCACAGAGGGAGAGAAAUUUGGCCAGGGGUUUCACCAUGCUGUGGGUCAGGCUGGGAAUGAGGCAGAAAAAUUUGGUCAAGGAGCUCACCAUGCAUUUGGUCAGGCUGGGAAGGCGGCAGAGAAGUUUGGUCAAGGAGUUCAUUAUGCUGCUGGUCAGGCUGGCACAGAGGGAGAGAAGUUUGGCCAGGGGAUUCACCAUGCUGUGAGUCAGGCUGGGAAUGAGGCAGAAAAAUUUGGUCAAGGAGCUCACCAUGCAUUUGGUCAGGCUGGGAAAGAGGGAGAAAAAAUGAUCCAAGGGGCCCAACCUGAACUUAGCCAUGCUGCAAAGGAGGCACAACAGUUUGGCCAUGAUACUCAGUAUGUUGCAGGGCAGGCUGAGAAAGAGGGAGGCAAGGUAAUCCGUGGUAUCCAACCUGGGGUCAACCAGGCUGGGAAGGAGGUAGAGCACUUUGGCCAGGGAGUUCACCAUGCCAUUGAACAGGCCGGAAAGGAGGCGGACAAAGUGGCUCAAGGGUUCCAUGCUGGGGUCAACCAGGCCGGGAAGGAGGCAGAGAAAUAUGGCCAAGCGGUCAACUACGCUGCGGGCCAGGCCGGCAAGGAGGCGGAGAAACUUGGCCAAGGUGUCCACCAUGCUGCUGGCCAGGCCGGGAAGGAUGUGGACAGGUUGCAGCAGGAUGUUCAUAAUGGGGUCAACCAAGCCAGCAAGGAGGCCACCCGGCUGCUGAAUGGCUCUCAGCACAGCGGGCAUACCGGCCAGCACGGAGGAAUCGGAACCACCCCAUUAACAUCUGGAGCCUCGGUCAACAAGCCUUUCAUCAACUUCUUGGGUCUGUGGAGGAACGUCGCCAACAUCAUGCCCUGAACUGAUGCCCUGGCACAGUAGUGUUCCUGUUGUCCUCCAGUUGAAAUGGCCUGAGGGACUGGGGGUGGGGGAGAGGUUCCCGGAGUACCUUAAGAAGAUAUACUGAGAUUUGUGAAUAAA